AUGUCCGCCGCGAAGCAGGCCACGCGCCCGCUGCAAGCGUGCAUCCGCUGCACGCGGACUCCCGCGUUGCAGGCCCGCACCUUCACCAGCAGCAGCGCCGCAGCCGACGAAGCCCAGGUCCAGAAGCCGGAGCAGUCCUCACCCUCCAAAUCCUCCCUACCAGACGUCUCGACCCUCGACCCGAACACGGUCAUCACGCGGCGCGACGAGAAGCGGCUGAUCAAGGCGGGCAUCUACCCGGUGGGCUCGCGGCGUCGCCGCGCGGCGUUGGUGCAGUCGCCGAACAUCCCGUUCGAGCAGCUGCCGUACCAAUGCUUCCAGGAGGCGCGCAAGAUCCUCAAGGCGGAUCGCGAGGAGAAGAUUGCGGCGAUCGAGGCGGAGCGGGCGCGCAUCGCGCGCGUCGAGGCGCAGGACCCGGCCGUGUCGGGCGGCCAGCGCGCGAAGGACGUGCGGCUGGCGAGCAUGCGGAAGCAUCUGGAGGACCUGAAGAUUCAGGCUGAUAUCAAUGAUCCGAUCGUGAAAAAGAAGUUUGAGGAUGGGCAAGGUGAUAUGAACAAGCCCAUCUACCGUCUGCUGGCCGAGAGGAAAUGGCGCUCGUACAAGCACUUGCUCGUCGAACAGCGUGUCACCCAGAUGAACGUCAUUCCAGACGUCAUUCCCGCUAUCAACCAGAAGGCCGACGUCAGUAUAUUGUUCGGAGACAGCAAGGUCCAGCCCGGUGCCAUGGUCGCUUCCAAGGUCAGCGAGAUUCCAGCCACGCUGAAGGUGCAAGUGUUCGACAAGGGCGAGAGACUGGUGACGAUUGUGGUCGUCGACUCGGACGUGCCGAACGUCGAGAAGGACGGCUUCGACUACCGCUGCCACUACAUCGCCGCAAACAUUCCGGUUUCGCCUACGACGCCCUGGGUCCGCCUUGCGAAGCUGUCGGAAGAAUCUCAAGUUGUGCUCCCCUGGCUCCCGCCGUUUGCUCAAAAGGGCAGCCCCUACCACAGGUACUCUAUUUUCGUUCUCGAGCAACAGAAGGGCAAGACUCUGCAUGUUGCAAAGAUCAAGGAGAAUGUUCCGAGGGAUGGAUUCAUCCUGCGCAGCUUCAUCGACAAGUAUCGCCUGACGCCUGUUGGUAUCAAUAUGUUCAGGACGGAGUGGGAUGAGAACAUGGAUGAGGUGAUGAAGAAGGCUGGUGUCGAGGGUGCGGACAUCGAAUUCAAGAAGAAGAAGCCGGAGAAGCUGCCAUACAAGAAGAAGGACGGCGCUCGGUACAGCUACUGGGUACAGAGGUUCCACCAAGCGGACGCUGCUCGGACGAAGCUUGAAGUUAAAGUCACCGAACAAGGAAGAGAGAUAGAGCGGUUGAAGUCUGAACUUCGCUCUGUGCAGAAGGAUUCCACUCGAGCUCCGGCAACUACGAAAAGACGGAAGGCUGAGCCGCCACCGGGAGUAUCGACCCGAGCAGCAAAGCGACGGAAGGUUGUGCAUGAGGACUCGGAUACCACCGACGAGGAUGUUGAAGAUACACUUCCCGAGAACAUGGAUGCUCUGACCGCCGUAAAUGAAGAAGGAACAAAGCUGGUCCAGCAUCUAUACCAGGCCCACAAGCACUACAAAGGCCAUACUGGAGGAGACCGACAACUAGCGUAUCAUAUUGUCCAGGCUGCAGACCGUAUAGCGCCACUACUGACCUCCGCCUGCCAACGAUAUCACCAACGCCUCGGACGAGCGGUAUCGCGGCAGAGUGAUUCCAGUAUCCCCAUCCCGGAGCCCGUUCUGGCUACGUACAACAACGAGCUGAUUUCAGUCUUCGAGGGUGCCGCCCGGAUCUUCAUGUCUCUUUUCUUCGGCUUCAAAAAGCUGCUGGAUCCUGCAAAGUCCGCAGCAAGCCCAGCGGAGGAACGCGGAGCCGUCAUUUACAGCUUCGUCCAAAUGUUCAGCCGCGUGCUCGACGCCCUCAAGGAGGUCUCAUCCGCCCAAGCGGCUCACGAGGCAGCACUCACCCUCGCCAACAACUCAAAAAGGCAGAUGACAACGCGCGGCAGCACGAACUUCUUUCCUUUGAAGCAGGAAGACUCUCCCUUAGCGACGCGGCUGCUAUCCAACUUCCUCUCAAACAUCCUCAGCGCGCCCUCAGCCGCCGGCAGCGAGCUCCAGCAGCAAGAACUGGUCGAGGGCUUCCUCUUCGUCCUGUUCCGCCGCCUGGGCGACCGCAUCUUCCUCUGCACCUUCGGCCACCAGAAGUGCGCGUCCAUCGCGGACGACAUCGACGCCUGGGUCGACCCCGACCCCACCUCCUCCCGGUCUUCUUCUCCCGUGGACAGACUUGCAGCAGCUACUUCGCCACCGCCGGCAGACAGGGAAAAGGAAAAAGAAAGGCAGAUCGCGGCGCGCGCCCUGGCUAUCGAGCUGCCGCUCCUCGUAUCGCUGCUCGAGCGCGGCAUGGCUGUGGCGCAGCGCCACGUCGCGCCCUUAUCAUCAUCGUCCUCAUCAUCGUCGUACUCGUCCUCGUCCGCCGCCACUGGUCCUGCUGCUUCUGACGCCACUGGAGGGGCCGCUUCACGUAGGCCGACCGCAGCAGCUGGACCAACAGCAGUCCCUUUCGCGCCCAGAUCGUCGUCGGGCAGGCCGCCGUCGUCGCUGGAAGCGCUGCGGGGUGGACUGAGCUUGCCGGCACGGAAGAAGCUGGAGCAGACGCUCGCGCAUGCGAUUUUCGGCGAUGAGGAGAAUGCGAGCAGGGAUGAGAUGAGUGAGUGUUUGGGAAUGCCGGUCAAGCAGGCGUUGACGGAGGUGGUGGUGCCGGCGGGGUUGAAGAAGAGGAAGAUGAUGGAGGAGGGCGGCGGUGGCGCCGGCGCGGAUGUGAAGGAGUGGUUUGUAGAGAGGGUUUGGGGGUUGGUGGGGUGGGGGGCUGUGGUUGAGAUGAGAUGA